AUGCAGCAAGCCUUAAUUCAGCACAAACAAGCACACGUCUUCACUCACCAGCAACAACACGCGCAUGGCACCGAACGCCAGCGGCCGUCAACGGCUUCGACUUUGAGACGAUUCUCGGCAGAAGUCGCUCCAAAGGAACCAUCAUCGCCGUCUGCAAAGGCCCUCUCCAAACUGCGGGUAUCGCCACCCACUAGCCAGAUGGGAGCGGGCACACCUGGCAAGCUUGGCACUUGA